AUGUACCCCCGGGAGGUGUCGAGGCGCUUGAUUGAAGUGUAUCUCGACACCAUCAACUUGUAUCGUCAUCCGAUCCCGUCGAACUUGGUGUGGGAGGCGUUUGAUAAGUUCUACGGGAAAGGGGGCGUGGUCGAUGCGGAGCAUAUUACCCAAUUCGGUCUGCUGGCAGCCAUCUGUUCGAUCGCUACGCUGUAUGUCGCGGUUUCUCGGCCCGAGCUGAUUCCGGAGCUGUCCAAGAAUGGAGCGUACGACGAGCUCGAAGCUUCGAAGCAUCUGUGCAAUGCCUCGCAGAUUGCAUGCUUCACAGCGCAAAACAUGUGCAAAGAGGAUAUAUACACCGUCCUCACGUUUACGCUCCUCUCGCGUCUGCACUUUGUGCGCGGCCGGAUUGAGCUUGCGUGGAAUGCGACGGUGAACUCGGUGCGUGUUGCAUUCGCACUCGGGAUCCACCGCGAUGGCGAGUCGCUUGGCCUGGACCCCGAAACGACCGAGCGUCGCCGGAUUGUGUGGUCGUUGGUGUAUCCUAUGGAACGCAUUAAUUCGCUCGGCUUCGGCCGUCCGAUGAUCAUCAGCGAUGCCUUCUGUGACACCCGCCCUCCGCAGCUGAGCGCAAGCGAAGUUGAAGUGCCAGAGCCUCUGCGACCGUUGUUUGCCAACGUGCGCCCUCCUAAUGUGCUCUUGAUCAACAAUCUCCGCAGCCGCCUCGCCUACUUUAUUGGUGAUUUGGCGUUCGAGGUGCAGAACGUCAACAAGGUGGUGUCCUAUUCGCGCAUUCUGCAGAUUCACGUGGCCUUUAAUCACUUUGUGAUGGACGAGCUGCCCUUCUACUUCCGAAUCCGACUUGGCAACGACGAGCUCGUCCAGAACACACACUGCGACAACUUCUAUCCGCACAUUAAGGUCCAACGCUACCAGCUCUGGCUCGACUUUAACUUCUUUAUUCUGUCACUGCACUGUCCCUACUUGGUACGCUACAACGCUCGUUCGCGCGAAAAGUAUGAAACGUCCUACGAAGCAUGUCUCGAGGCGGUGAAGCUCAACCUUGCUCUCCGCCGCGAACUCCUUUACGAUGACUCACUGCCCCAACGCUAUCGCGACAGUAUGGCCGGCUUCCGCUGGUUCAACACGGUUGUCGUUGCGGGUUUUAUUCUGCUCAAAGGGCCCACGCAGAGCGAUGCGGCGCUCCUGACGCAAUGA